AUGUUUAAAUAUACUAAGGCGACCGCUUCGGCGCUGGCGGCGCUGGGGGCGCUGCUGCUGGCGGCGUCUGGGCAGCAGGUGGAGGACCGGCCGCUGCCGGCGUCGCCCUGCCCUGACGUCUUCUCGUACGAGGGCGCCACCGUCGACUGGGACCGCUGGUACGGCGUGGUGCUGGUCGCCACCGACACGCCGCUCACGGGCCUGCGGCUCGACGUGUGGCUGAGCAGGCCGGCCCUCGCGCUCCGGCACAACUGGGACGGAAAUGUUACGACGCAGGACAACAAACGCUUCACGAUUCUCAACUUGUACAAGCGCAUCGAGCCAGGGCCCCCGAAAUCUGUGCGCAUCGUGGUGAAGUUCGACGAGAAGGAGGAGAUCCCCGUUCUGCGCGCUGUGGAGCUCAACGGGCGCCGAAUCUGCAGCAGUCGCAACAGCAAGUACAACUUCGACCGCACGACGCAGCGCGCCGCCCCCGCCGCGCACCGCAAUGCCGUCGGCAAGCGGCCGCCGUCCAACGUCGCCGACGAGGAGUACGAGCGCGCCGCCGCCCCCGCCCCCGCCCCCGCCCGCCGCCCGCCCUACGCCGACGACGCGGACGAGCGCAGGUUGGUAGACAGACACACUAUGAAUGCGUGUGUCAGUGUUCAGAAAAAGGAUAUUCAUGUUUUCUAUUCUAAAUUAAAUAAUUAA